AUGAGCGCCAGCCCAGACAGGAUCUCCUCCUACCGCCGACACUUCCAGGAGUAUGCCGGCUGCUCGGCGGUCAGGCUGCGGGUGAGCAGUCCUUCCCCUCCCCGGCACAGCAGGAGGUCAACCAGCUACAGCCGGGGCUCGUGUGAGGUCCACACAGGUGGGAGAAGGACGGCCUCCGCCACCAGGAGACCCCGCAGUAUGGUCGCCCACUCUUCUGCCGCCUUCCUCCCCGUGGAUCUGGAAGCCGCCAGCGCAGCAAACCAGGAAUUUCUGAGCCUCCGGAGCCACGAAAAGCGGGAGCUGAUCGUCCUCAAUGACCGCCUGACCAAGUACAUCGAGCGGGUUCGUGACCUGGAGCAGCAGAACGCCAUUGUGCAGGUGGAGCUGGACGCGCUCCGCAGUCGCUGCACCAGACCAACGGCUCUGCGGGCCCUAUACGAGGAGCAGCUGCGGGACCUACGCAGGGAGGCGGAACAAGCCAGGAUGCAACGGGAUGUAGCAGUGGCUGCCAAGUCAUCAGUGUCUGAGGAACUCAGCGCCGUGAAGAAACGCUAUGAAGACGCAGUGGAGGGGAGGAAAAAGGCUGAAGGGGACAUUGAGGCAUUCCGCCCUGACGUGGAUGCGGCCACUGCGGCACGGAUCGCACUGGAGAAGCAGCUGGAUUCUUUAGAGACAGAGAUUGCAUUUCUGCAGCGAGUUCACGGGGAGGAAAUCGAGGAGUUGAUGAAGCAGAUCUACAACAUGAGCGCCUCCUGUGACCUGGCCUUCUCCAUCCCAGACUUCGCUGCUGCUCUAAGGGACAUUCAGACAGAAUAUGAAGAAAUUGCAGCCAAGAACCUGCAGGAGAUGGACGAGUGGUACAAAAGCAAAUUUGUUGACUUCAGUCAAGCUUCUACAAAGCAUGUGGAAAACGCAAGACAUUACAGAGGAGACAUGGCAAACUGCAAGAGAAGCAUUAAAAGCAAAGAAACUGAAUUAGAAUCUCUUAAAAACAAAAAUGCAGCACUGGAGGCCCAAGUUAAAGAGACUCAAGAAAAGAAUAAACUUGAGCUAGAGGAACUACAGGAGAAAAUCAGAAAAUUAGAAGAUGAUUUAAAAUCUUUGAAGGAAAAAAUUGCAUCCCACUUACGACAAUAUCAAGAUCUCCUGAGUGUAAAGAUGGCACUGGAUAUUGAGAUUGCUACAUAUAGGAAGCUUAUUGAAGGAGAGGACAGUCGGCUUGCCACUUCAGUGAGUGGAUUUCUCCGUGUGAGCUCUACUGAAACUGUCUCUCAUGCCAUGGAACAGAAAAAGAGGACAACUGUCCUCAUCAGUUAAGAAAAGUGAAAAGGAAGUAUAAAGGGAAAUUGUCAAGUGGCAAGUGCUGCGGAAAAAAGAAAGUGCUGCAAGAUGUGUCCUGGAAGGGAAGAUCAA